AUGGACUACUCUUUGACAUUGGGAGCGGUUUCCUAUCUGUUCUGGACUGUAUCUGCCAUGGAACCCUUGCUUUAUUGGCCAACGCAUCAUGAGAAACGGUACGGGAUCAUAUCCAUGGAGUUCCAGGUGGCUGACUUCGCGGAAUGCAAAAACACGUGCAUCAGGAAUCAGGAGUCCCAGCCGUGCCACGCCUUCAACUUCAGGGAAUCCGAUGGUUCCUGUCAACUGGUGUACGAAAGCAAGGUCCUCGUCCCAGCGGAAGGGUUCGAGGCGUACGCCCAAUAUCUGUGCCUGACGGAAUAUCCGAAGAUCGAGAACGCAAUGGAGUCUUACCUGAAUUGGACGGGCGAGUAUCCAGCCCCGAAAGGAGGAAUUGUUCUCUUCAUCUGCCCAAAGAAUUUCACAGAUGGAAUCGGCGUGCACAAUGCAAAAUGCUGCGCCAGCAUUCCAGAUGUCUGGUGCUCGACAUUCUCGAAAGAAGAGGAGGCCGUCAUCUGCCCACCAUAA